AUGACCAACACUAACAUUACGUUCGACAAGAGUACUAUCCCGAACUUAACCGGGCGAGUCAUUCUCAUCACGGGCGGCACUGGUGGAAUUGGUGCUGAAUUAGUCGUGGAGCUUGUAAAGCACAAUCCGGGUCGGAUUUUCUUCACGGGUCGCAAUGCGAAAUCUGCGGAGUCUACUAUUCAGCGUGCCCAGGUGGCGGCCCCAAACGCCCCAGUCUCUUUCAUACAAUGCGAUCUAGCGAGCAUGGCGUCUGUAAAUGAAGCCGCGCGUAAGAUCCUUGCUGAAACGGAUCGUCUUGAUGUUUUCCUGGCCAAUGCUGGAAUUAUGGCGAAACCCGAAGGCCUAUCCGCAGAUGGCUACGAAAUUCAAUUCGCAACGAACCACCUAGGACAUGCGCUACUAACCAAAAAGCUGCUACCACUCCUCGAGCGAACAGCUGAUUUGCCUGGCGCCGACGUGCGCGUCAUCAUCACGACGAGCACAGCGUGGGGUGGUGGUAGUCUGCCGUUUGAUCGAUUCAAAACUACCAUAAAAGGCCACCUAGGCCGGUGGAUGCGCUACAGCCACAGCAAGUUGGCCAACCUACUCUAUGCGCGAGAACUAGCACGACGGUAUCCGAAGGUACUUUCUUUCAGUUUGACGCCUGGUGUCGUGAGCACAAGUCUCGUUAGCGACUUAGGUCUUCUCGACAAGGGUAUCGUCUACGUGAGCCAACUUGGUCAAGUCUUGACGCCGGAGCAGGGAACCUUCAACCAUUUAUUCGCCAUUAGCGCGCCGCGAGACUCCCUUAAACCGGGUGCGUUUUAUGAACCCGUUGGCAAAUUGUCUAAGAUGGAGACGGCGAGGAGUAAGGACCCUGAUCUCCCAGGUCAGCUCUGGGAUUGGACUGAAAAAGAGCUAGAGAAGUGGAUAGAAUAG